AUGUCUUCGUACGAGCUUGCAGCGGCGUUCGGCUCCAGCUCUUCCCUCCAGCAUCCUUCCUCCUCUUACCACUCGCUAGCCGGCCUCGAUCCGUUCGACUCUGCCUCUGACUCUCCAUUCCAAGGCAGCACGCAGGGCGUACAUCCGUCGCAUCCGUCCUCGUCGUCUGGUUUGUCCGCCGCGCACGACGUUCAGGCGGCGUUCCACCCUUCUGCAUAUUCCAACGCAAAUACCCUCGCUUUCCAACAGGCGCUCGCCGAUGCGUUCGUCUCUGCGCAUGUACAGCAGCAGCGUCCGGUGUCGCCGCACUCGCAGGUUCCGUACACCAGCCUCCGCUGGCCCGCCGCCGGGCACAUGAACCACCUCGGACUCGAGCCGAUGGACCCGUUAUUCGCACCGGCGUCGACGCAGCCCCUCUUCCCGCCCUCGUUGCCCGCACAUAGCGUAUACCAGAGCGACAGCCAGGCGGCGCAGACGCUGCAGGACCACCAGCAAGCCGCCGCGCAGCCGUCCUGGUCCGUCACCGGCUCGCUCGACCCUGCGACGGGCGUGUACCAGCGCGUGCCGGAGCACCCGCGCAUGCGCACCGCACAGGCGUGCGAGAAGUGCCGCGUCCGCAAAGCCAAGUGCAGCGGCGAGCACCCGACCUGUGCGCGCUGUCGGAUGCGCGGGCUCGUGUGCGAGUAUGCGCCCGAGCGGAAGAUGCGUGGGCCGAAUAAGGUGAAGCGGAGGAGCGUCGACGCCGCGUCGACCUCGACCGAGCGCCGCGCGUCCUGCCCGUCUGCGGACGAGCGCAGGAUGUCCGACGCGAGCACGAGCGGCGAUGUCGAUCCGAACUAUCGCUUCCCCGAGAAUGGAGACGCGAAGCCCGUCUCGCCGCCGCAGAGCAGGACGCCGGCGUCUGAGCCUGUGUCCUCGCCGCUGCGCUUCCCCGUGGGCACGUCCCCCGAGCACGACCACGAGCGCGAGUAUGAGGCAGAGGCGCGCAGCACUGCGAGGCGCGCGCGCCCGCAGUCGAUUGACCUCGGGAGCGCGGCGUUCUUCGCGCCGCACCCUUUCCCGCACGCAUACCAACACGAGUCGGCGCAGGAGCACAGCGAGCGCCAGCACCAGCCCUACACGCGACAGGUGCACCUCCUCCCACCGGUCGACUACGCCGCGCGGCGGCAGAGCUUGCCGGCGUACGUCCACGUGCUAUCGCUGAGCGCGCACGCGGCUGCGCAACGUGCCCAGGGCCUGGGACUGGACGCGCUGGGCUCGGGCUCGGGCUCGGGCCGCCGCUCGGGCUCGGGCUCGCAUUCUGGGAGCGAGAGCUCGGGGGUGGCACCGCCGACGCCUUUGGAACUGCCUGAGAGCUUGGUGGGCGGGGAGCUGGUGUAUCCCGCGAUGGAGAUGGAGAUGGGGAUGGGGAUGGACGUGAGGGGAGAGCAGGGGGAGAUGCAGUUCGGUGAUGAUCCGUUCAAGUUGCCGGAGCCGACGUUGGGGAUGGGGAUGGAGAUGGGGGAGGAGAUGGAGAUGGGAACGGAUGAGGAGAAGAGAGGGGAUGUGGAGGUGCCGAUUGACCCUGCGCUGUUGGCAGAGUGA